AUGGGUUGCGGAAUGAGCACAGAGGAGAAGGAGGGCAAGGCCCGGAACGAGGAGAUUGAGAACCAGCUGAAGAAGGAUCGCAUGCAACAGCGCAAUGAAAUCAAGAUGUUGCUUUUGGGUGCCGGUGAAUCUGGAAAGUCAACGAUUCUGAAGCAGAUGAAGCUCAUCCACGAGGGUGGCUACUCUCGCGAUGAGCGGGAAUCGUUCAAGGAGAUUAUUUUCAGCAACACGGUGCAGUCAAUGCGCGUGAUCCUCGAGGCAAUGGAAUCGCUAGAGCUGCCGCUGGCGGACGCGAGGAUGGAGUACCACGUUCAAACCAUCUUCAUGCAACCAGCACAAAUUGAGGGCGACGUCUUGCCGCCUGAGGUUGGCAAUGCUAUCGAGGCUCUGUGGCGGGAUUCCGGCGUCCAGAGCUGCUUCAAGCGAUCAAGGGAGUACCAGUUGAAUGACUCUGCACGAUACUACUUCGACAACAUCGCCCGGAUCGCUGCGCCUGACUACAUGCCCAACGACCAGGAUGUCCUGCGGUCGCGUGUCAAGACGACCGGUAUCACCGAGACAACCUUCAUCAUCGGCGAGCUCACCUACCGGAUGUUCGAUGUUGGUGGUCAACGCUCUGAGCGGAAGAAGUGGAUCCACUGCUUCGAGAACGUCACGACCAUCCUCUUCCUGGUUGCCAUCUCCGAGUACGACCAGCUGCUAUUCGAGGAUGAGACGGUCAACCGUAUGCAGGAGGCACUCACUCUGUUCGACUCUAUCUGCAACUCCAGGUGGUUCAUCAAGACAUCCAUCAUCUUGUUCCUGAACAAGAUCGAUCGGUUCAAGGAGAAGCUGCCUGUCAGCCCGAUGAAGAACUAUUUCCCCGACUACGAAGGAGGCGAUGACUACGGCGCGGCGUGUGACUACAUCCUGAACCGCUUUGUCAGCCUGAACCAGCACGAGAGCAAGCAGAUCUACACACAUUUCACGUGCGCGACCGACACGACACAAAUCCGCUUCGUCAUGGCUGCGGUGAAUGAUAUUAUCAUUCAGGAAAACCUCCGUCUCUGCGGUCUCAUCUGA